GGUAUUUCCUUCAUCGACUUCAAUGUAUACGCUGGACAAUUUAUACCACUUGUUAUGAUAGCUGCUUAUGCCAUUAUACUCAUUAGCGUAUACCGUCGUCGCAAGAUUCAUAGUGCCUCCAGCCAACACCAGUCACUAGCAGAGGCUCGACUCGUGAGAAAAAGAAACUGUCUCGAAUUGGGUAUUUCCUUCAUCGACUUCAAUGCAUACGCUGGACAAUUUAUACCACUUGUUAUGAUAGCUGCAUAUGCCAUUAUACUCAUUAGCGUAUACCGUCGUCGCAAGAUUCAUAGUGCCUCCAGCCAGCACCAGUCACUAGCAGAGGCUCGACUCGCAUUGCAAUUCAUAAUCAUCUGCACUUCCCAAUAUCUAACCACAUUCUUAUUUUACAUCAUUCCUAAGUUGGGAGGUGGAAGUUACUGGGGCAUACUCGUGAUGAACAGCAUAGGUUGUCAAAAAGGCGAAAAGGCGGGAACUGUUAUUAAGCUUCACAUACUGUCCUAUGUGAAAUGUGGCGCUCCUAUAUUUGCAGCACUUUGA